CUUCGACACAGCUCCCAUCCUUUGUGCCAAACACACACACACGUGAACAAUAAUAUCGCCGUCCUCGCAUUCGCGCCCAGCUGCAAGCCCGCUACUUCUCCCGUGUCGCACCUACCUUCUACACGCUCGCCGUACCUCCAUCUCUCGCCCUUGACCGCGCGCUGCUCGAUCGGGACUCCUCUACACCAACUUUGCCAUGGCACCUGCAUCUUUCGCGUCUGCUGCGGCAGGAAACCAUGCCAGCUCAUCGCGAGCAGAUUCGGGCGGAGACUGGCCUCGACGCACGAAUGGUGCAACGCAAACAUUUCGCCGGCCCUCACAUGCACCCACCCUCUCCGGCUCCACAGCUCAGACCUCUUCCCGCGAUACCAGCGCCGCGCAGAACACAUCGGCUUCCACCCCCGGCGUAUACGUGCCGCCACAUGCUCAGUCCAGCCGCUCUGGCGAAGGCCGGUACCCUCGAGACCAGAUGAUCAGCCUGUUCCGGUCGCAUCGGGAGUCAGACGAGUUGAGGGAUGGCCUCUCGGACCUUUACGUGGGCAACUGGGAGCCGAACAUUACCAAUGGGAACUCGGGCUCGAAUUGGGGUCGGAAGGACGAGCAUGGCCGGGAGGGCCAGGGCGGGGUCGACCUAUGCUGGGACAGGGACGGCAACGUUCAACCCCUCGGUUUAUCCAACUUGACCGAAGACGAGAAAGAGGUGUUCAAUUCUUCGGUCAACUCACCGCUGAAACCCCCCGUGCAGAACACGAACAAGGACGGCACGCCGAAGGAUGGACUGUCCCUGCGCAAAACUAGCAUUUCAGCAACCGGACCGUAUGGUCUGUCGUCCCCCACCAGCGCUCGGCCAGGUACGCGCCGCCGCGAUACGGGCGACGCCUUUCCGUUCCCCUCGAAUGCGCUAGCGUCGCCGUCGGCAUCUAGAUUCGCAAGGGACGAGUCCAGCGCUGUGACACCCCCGCCGGCUCUGGUGCGACGGCGCACUGACUUCAAGGAACCGGGCCCGUCGACCGAGGAGCGCGACAAGGAGAGGAACGCGGCUGAAAAUGCUGGCCCUCUUGGUACUCUGAAGCGCGCUGCGACCGGCGGACUUGGUUCCAGUACUGCUGCGUCUCCGUGGAGUGCUGCGCAAAGCGGUGGCUUUUCACCAAUGGGCACCUUUGGAAAUUUCGUAGCUCCGCAAGCUGAGAAGAAGCCUGGAUUUGGAAGUGGUCGCGGCGAGAGCAGGUUCAAGGGUUUGAUGAAUAAAGGCAGUCUCGAGGAUGUAGGAAAAGGUCCCGCGGAGAAGGCAUCUCUCGGAAACCUCGGAGCCGUCAACGAGGCCGAUUCAUCCUGGGUGGAUAACCGUUCGAAUCGACCGACAAGUCACGACACUGAUCCUUACGCCGAGGACGACCUCCGUAGUGGAAGUGCAGCUUUGGGGGGUGGACAGGACUUGAGCCCCCCUCGCCAGCAAGGCCAAGGAGCAUUUGGGACGCCUCAACGACCAGAUCCUCGCGAUGAUACCGGAUUCUCCCACUUUGGCAUGACUACGGAUACGACGGGCCUACGCGACAUCUUCCAUGGAACUCAUCAGACGCCGCACCACCGCGGCGCGGGAGACCGUCAUGAGCCCAUGAGUCCGACAGACACGAAUCCAUUCGCGAGCCCAGACCAUGUGAGGCACGAUCAUCAUGAUGACGGCGACUCGGAUGGUUCUGAGCCACAAAACGCGCAUUAUCCUGGGAUGGGUAGCUUCCAGGUGGAUCCGCAGGCAGGAUCCGGUCUUCAUCAGCACCAAUUUGGCGGUCUCGGGGGUCUUGGAAGAGUACCCGGACCGUUUGAGAUUGCGGCAAGUGACCGCAGCCAGACUUCGAGCGUAGGACCUUCUCGCGGAUUCCCUACGCUUCCAGGACUUGGUGGUCUGCCUGGGCUAGGCGGCGCUUCUGCGUGGUCUACUGGCCAGCAGACCAUAGGCACUCCGGUUCAAGAGCGCGGUCUAAGAGGUGGUCUGGAUGGUCUGUUUGGAAAUGUAGGAGAGGCGCAGUCACCCAGCUUAGCAGGGCUUGGCAGCAGCUCGCUUUUUGGUGCUGGUCACGGUGGGACGUUUGGUCGCUCAAGCAAACUUGGAUCCCUUUUCCCUACUGCCAUGCAGGAACAAAUGCGGACGGGCGACCGGCCUCUUGAUGACACUUCCAGCCAGGGCGACCGACAACAAAGCAUGACUGGGACUUUUGGGCGCGGCGCUUUCGGUGGUCAAGCUCCUGGCAGCAUUUUGCCCCCUCGCGAUACCGAAAGCCCUUUCCGGACUGGACGCAACCUUUUUGAAGAUUUCUCAGGAGGUCAUCAGGAGGAGCUAAUUGGAUCUGGUUUUGGUCAAUCUUCAGGCGUGGGUCAGAGUGCCAAUCUGGCUACAACUUCUCUGUCGAUGGCGGCGCUGAACCAGACGCGCACUGCACAACCCUCAGCACAGACCCCAGGCAUCAACAGUCCAGCAUCGAACCUGCCCCCACCUCCUCAGCAACGCACGAUGGUUAUGCCAGACAGGAUGCGAUGGAUCUAUCGCGACCCCUCGGGUGGGAUACAGGGUCCUUUCUCGGGACUAGAGAUGCACGACUGGUACAAAGCAGGGUAUUUCUCGCCUGAGCUGUUGGUGAAGAAGCAGGAGGAUCCAGAUUAUGAACCCUUGCUACAGCUUAUUCGCCGUAUUGGGAACUCUAGGGAGCCUUUCCUUGUUCCCCAAAUCGGGAUACCGCAUGGCUCUCCAUCAUCCACGACAUCGGGAACAACUUGGACCGGAAACGCUCCUGCUGGCCCCAACGGAGGCGCGCAGCCACCAUUUGCCAACUCAUUCCCAAGCUUUGGUACCACUCUGACCGCCGAGCAACAAAAUGCGCUUGAGCGCCGAAAGCAAGAGGAACAAUAUUUGAUGGCGCGUCAAAAGGAACAUCUUGCCGCACAACAAGCGUUGGCCAAACAGCAGAUGGGAUUAGGUUCGCAUGGCAUUCUUCCUCACCAGCUUCAACAUCACUCCAGUGCCCAUAGUCUUCACAGCCAGCCGAGCUAUGGUAGCAUCACUUCGCCCGGCGGUUACCAACCGUCCCCGGGCCAAGGUCCUCUUCCCGGUGGUCCGGCUGUCCCAGGUCUGCUCGAUAACGCUUUCAGGCCGACUCCUGUCCCUGGUCUAGGACCCAUCGGACCUAAUGUCGAUUCACUUGGGAACAUUCGAGAGGAAGAUCUGCCUUCAGUGUUGGAUCGACUCAAUCUUGGCCGCACCGCUCAGUCGUCUUUUGGCGGUGCCCCACCCCAAUUUGGACAGCAACAGCAAGACUCGAACACGCAGGCUCAGCAGGUUGUCCAAAUGUUGAAUGAUCGUGCCCGUCUCCAGCGCGAGCAAGCUGAACACGAUGCUCUGCAGCGACUCGGUCCCAACGAGCAACAAGCUGCUCAGGCAUCCGCAGACCGAUUGCAGCAAUUCCAGGACCUCAGGGUGCAGACUGAUCUAGGUCAGCAAGCACCCCCAGAGGGCGUGAUCGGAAAGCCGACUGCUUCUACGAUUGACCAAGAGGCACAACCCGAGCAUGCUCAGGACCAGAGGGCACACGCGACUCAAGUAGAGGAGCCGUUGACCACUCACGCUGAGCCCCUUUCCUUGACAGAGCAGGUGCAGAAAGCAGCUUCAGCUAAGCAAACGCCCCAGCCUCAAUCCGCUUGGAAUAAGGUUGAGCCAGCCAUUCAUCCCUUCCCUCCGCCACCAUCUCAGUCACCGCUGCCUGCGCCGGCAGCACAGAGGAAACCUAUCGUCGCCGACUCUCUCGCGGGCGAAUCACGAUCGCGUUCGGAGACGCCCUCGGCGGACACUCCCAGCGCUUCAAUCGCUCCAUGGGCCAAGGAGCCAUCAGAGGCACCUCGUGGACCCUCGCUCAAGGAAAUUCAAGAAGCGGAGGCUAGAAAGGCAGCUGAACGUGAAGCGAUUGCCGCAGCAGCUCGUCGUGAAGCAUUGGAGAAAGAAUUGGCGGCCCAAGUCCAGGCGUCUGCACCUCAACCUGGCCUGCCGUCCAGUUCGACAUGGGCAAGUGGAGCUUCCCCUGUGACGCCAGGAGCUGGAAACGCAUCCGCUUGGGCCAAGCCGCUCGCAGGCAAGGCGCCUGGUCAACCAACCGCUGCGGCGAAGAAGACUCUACAGCAGAUUCAAAAGGAGGAAGAGGCUCGCAAGCAGAAGGCUGCUGCUCAAGCCACAGCAAACGCAUUCACGGCUGCUGUUGCGGCCCAGAGCUUGGCUUCCGGGAAGCGAUACGCUGACCUUGCCAGCAAGCAGUCAGCUGUUCCGCCAGCGACCGGCGGUGCUUGGACUACCGUUGGCUCCAGUGGAAAGGCGAAACCCCCCAUCGCCUCGCCCGCUCCUCCGCCUGCCGUUCGAUCCGCCAGCAGCAGCGUGGUUCCUGCUGUCAUCAAGAAGCCUAUUGUGACCCGUAGCACUACUGCCCAACCCGCCGGACAGGUCAAUGCUCAAGAGGAAUUCAAGAAGUGGGCUGUUGCUGAGGUUCGUGGCGAUCUCAACAAGAGCAUCAAUGCCGAGGAGUUCAUUGCCUCCCUACUCUCCUUCCCGGCCGAGCUCGAGCUCAUCACGGAGUCAGUACACGCCGCUACCCAUAACAUCGAUAGCCGUCACUUCGCCGAAGAGUUCCUGCGCCGCCGCAAGCUGGCCGCCCAGGGUAUCGUCGACGAGCGCAACACGGCCAGCCCCGCGGAGAACAAGUCUGGCGGCGGGUGGAGCGAAGUCGCGAAGAAGGGCAACCCGAAUGCCCAAGCGCAGCAGCAACAGCAGCAGCAGCAGCAGCAGCAGCAGAGCACGCUCGACAGUGGUAACUUCAAGGUUGUGGCUGCCAAGAAGAAGGGUGCGAAGCGCUAGGUGCCUACGAGUAACCCAGAAGCAUCGAACUCGAGGUCGAAUGCCGUGGUGUACAGUCAGCUGGACUCGACGGUAAAUCUUGAUGGGGUGGAUCGGAAGGCUCAGCGGGCGAAGAAGAGGGAGAACAGGGCUUAGGAAUUGCUGAAGGAGCGGUGUACACAAAAGCUGAUCUUGUUGCUGAAAGUGUCGAAGGGAAAGUGGAACUGGGACGGUGGACGAUGAGGGCUGAUGGAUUUUUUUGCAUGUUCUGCUUUAGCAGUAGCGUACGGUAACGCAAUCCAGUGACGGAUGCCGCAUGUGUUGGCUGCUAUAGUUCACGCGCAAUGUUACAACAUGCAAAC